AUGGGCUCUUCUCAGAAAGACUGGAAUUCUCAUGAUGAAUUCUUCAAAUUCACGCGUGGCCGCUUUAUUGUGGAUGAGGCAGAGAACCUUCGAAAGCGAGAGAUCAGGUUCGAUAUGAAUAGGCUCGCACGAGUCGCAGCAGACUCUGUGGGCGCCUCUCGAUGCGUUUCCAUCAAGAAGUACCCCGACGGCAUGUUCAACAAAGCAUUUUUUAUGUCUAUGGAUGAUGGCCGAGAAGUCAUAGCCAAGGUGCCUAACCCGAAUGCUGGCGUCCCACACUUUACCACGGCUAGUGAGGUCGCUACUAUGGACUUUGCCAGAAAAGUGCUUGAGACGCCGGCUCCGCGUGUACACUCGUGGAACUCGCAAGCAGGAUCGCAUCCUGUUGGCGCUGAAUUUAUUAUCAUGGAUAAAAUUGAGGGCAUUCCGCUGUCCCAAGUCUGGGAUACCUUAAAGCUGCCCCAGAAGCUUCAAAUACUUCUUACCAUGACACGUCUCCAGAAACAAUGGCUGAGCGUUUCAUUCUCGCAUUACGGUAGCUUAUACUACACAGAAGACCUACAGCAACAACCAGCAGACAGCUACUAUAUCAAAGAUGGCAAGGCUAUCAGAGAUUCGGGUUUUGUUAUUGGCCCCGCUACAGGCCGGGAUUGGUUUGAUGCAGGCCGAUUAACUUUGGAUAUCAAGAAAGGGCCAUGGACUUCUCUUACACAAUAUCUAGAAGAAGUCGGAACGCGAGAGACAAAGGCUAUCCAGUCUUUAAAACCGCCAAAACAGAUUGUCUUAUUUUAUGGCCCAAAACUCUACAGACCAGACAAGGAAAAGAAACUUACUGCUCUAGCAUGGUAUCAACAAAUCGUCGAUGUCCUUAUUCCAAAAGACUCUACUAUCACCAGGCCCUAUCUCUGGCACAACGAUUUACACGAUGAUAACAUCUUUGUAGACCCGCAUAAUCCCGAAAAGAUUACGGGCAUCAUCGACUGGCAAUCUUGCCAUAUUUCGCCCCUUUUCAACCACAAUCCCGAUCCAGCCUUCCUCAACUGGGAUGGCCUUGAGCCUGAGAUCCUCGAUUUGGCGCCACGGCCGAAUCUCUCAGGUCUUUCCGCAAAAGAACGAUCUGCCGCUGUGCAGGAAUAUGCUAUUCGAAACGUGUUUAUUGCAUGGCGGAAACUCAUGCGUACAAAAAACCCCGAUCUAUAUCGAGUAGUCGAGUUCCGAAAGAUGGCAGCCUAUGGCCUGAUAUUUCUUGCCCACCGAAUGUUCGAAUACGGUGAGGCGCAUUUCCAAUCGCUUCUGGUCGAUCUGAAGGACACGUGGACGGAUUUGAACAGCAAUAUCCCAUUCCCGUUUGACUUUUCGGGAGAAGAUCUCGAGCGUAUUAAACUGGAUAGUGAUGGUGCAGUGGCAGGGGCUGAGCUUGUCACGGAGAUCAAGGAGAGAAUGGGCGAUUUGUGGCCAGACAAAGGUUUCAUCGAGCAUGAACGAUACGAUGAUUGCAAAGCUGCGCUCCACGAAGUCAAGGGUCAGCUGUUGGAGCAACUUGCUGAGACUGACGAGGAAAAGGCCGAGUACGAGCGUUAUUGGCCGUUCGAAUGA